GUGGUCACGAGAAUCCGGGACUGAUCCCUCAUUCUUUCAUCGCAAACGCAAUAACCAACCAACACCAAACACCAACACAUCAAAGAUCCCUCUGGGCUCUGGAGCUGUUAUCGAUAACAGCAGACCGAGUGCUUCUACUGUCUGUCGAGCUCGCUUAAUACGAUCUCUACUAGUGAACUCAUCGAACAAGAUGUCCAACCAUCACGAGACGACGUCAUUGCUUCGGCCCUUCACUGGUCGUCCAAUCCUGAUGGGUUUACCAGGGAAUGGCAUGACAAGCGAUGACGCCACCCCAAGACGGGAGAGAGGUUCGGUCAUGUCGAAAUUCGCUGCCCUAGCCGCUCUGGCGUUGGUGUUGGGCUGCACUGUGUUUACAGGAACUUCCUUUAGGUUUUCAGUAGCCAAGGAUACAUUUUUUACGCGUAGCGAUGAUGUUGCCUACUUGGAAGAGAGGAUUGAUCUCUGGGAAGCCUGGAAGCAAAGGGGUAACCUCGUAGAGGAUCGGGUGUAUCUCCACACGAGACACUACUCUCCAAUUGAGGCAAAACACGAGUUUCCCAUUUAUCUGAAUCAUUCCGAUGCCUAUGCUCAUUUGGUGGCUGACGGACACAAGGGAGCUUUUCGGAAUUCGGCAGACUAUUUUCUCUACCAGCAAGGCUUGGAUGCACAAGUCAAUCAAGCCUUUUGUGCAGUGGCUGCCAGUGUCGCACUCUUGAAUUCUCUGCGAGGAAUCCUCGAGGAAUUGCCACAGGAUCCCAUUUACAGCCCUUAUCCGUACGCGACCCAGACAGAUAUAUUCAACGAGUGUACCCACACCAACGUUGUGCGGCAAGACGACACAUUCCAAGGAAUAUUAAGUGCCCCAUUUGGCGUGUCUCUGAACUCUGCCGUGGGAUUACUCCAGUGCAACUUGAAUUCAGAAAGUUGGGACGUCCAAGUCACACAUGUGGAUCCGGACAAGGUUUCGCAUAAUGACAUGCGCCAGACAAUGAAAGCGGCCCUUCGCGAUCCAAAUUCCCGUGUCAUGGUCAACUACGAAAGAACCUCGGCGGGUCAAAUUGGUGGAGGACAUUUUAGUCCUGUGGGAGCUUACUCUACAGCACUCGAUGCCUUUUUGAUUAUGGAUGUUGCCAAAUACAAGUAUCCCAAUGCAUGGAUACCAACUGAAGUGUUGUAUCAAUCCCUCGGUACCAUUGAUUACUGCGGGCAGUGGGCAGGGCCGGCUGCACAAGCCUUGUUGCCACCUGCCCUUUUGCACCCAGCGACCCCGGCAGACAUGGAAGCUGCAAAACGACAACUGGGUUGUCAACCAAAGCACCGUGGCUUUAUUGUGGUCUCGAAGAAGUAAACAAAGGAGCUCCCUUUGAGCUAUUGCAACUAACAGGAACUUAGGCUAUGUAUUACUGUACUGCAUGUUCUUUUGCAUUGAUUGCUGAACUCUCGCCAGGGA